CACGCUCUUAGUUUCGCAACCGCAGAAGAUCUCUACGCUGCACUCGAAAGUGCAAUCGAUUCACCCGAUGCGAUGACUGUCAAACAGAUCAUGGAAAGCUGGACCGAAGCUGCCGGGUAUCCUGUACUCAACGUGCGACGAGAUUAUAAUAAAAAUACCGUACUUAUUUCGCAAGAACGCUUCCUGUCUGAUUCGCGGGAACCUUCCGAUCACGUUUGGUACAUCCCCUACAAUUUCGCCGACGAAAAGCAUCAAGAUUUUGCGUUGGAUAGCUUCGACUGGUUAACCAAGAAGGCAGACGAAUUUGAAGUAGACACCGAACCCGAUCGAUGGAUGAUCUUCAACCGUCAACAGUUCGGUUUAUACCGCGUGAAUUACGACUCCCGUAACUGGGAGUUGCUCAUCCAGGCCAUGACUCAGAAUCCGAACAGUAUCCAUCACAUCAACCGAGCUCAACUCAUCGACGACGCGUUCAAUCUGGCACGUGCAGAUCUGCUAGACUUCAGCAUUGUUCUACGUAUGUUGACGGGCCUUGCACAUGAACAGGACUAUCUACCAUGGGCUGCAGCUGACAAGGUGCUCUCCUAUCUGAAUAAUAAACUCCGUGGGACUGUUCAUCAAGAACGAUUCGAGCGAUACGUUAGCUCCUUGAUCAGUACCGUAUAUCCUACGCUUGCUACAGAUUCAGUUGCAGCUGAUGAGUCCCUGAAGGACAAAUACAUCAAACAAUUGAUCUCGACGUGGGCCUGCCGGAUUGAUCACUCCGACUGCCGACAGAAAGCUCAGUCAUCCUUCAGAAAUGAAAUCUACACCGACGCCAAGGUAGCUCCAGAUGUGCAAACAGUGUCGUACUGUUACGGUGCUCAACGUGCCACAGACGAAGAGUUUCUCUACCUGUACCGACGAAUGUUCAACUCCAUGAACGAAGGCGAACGCAGCUUGAUCAUCAGCGCGUUGGGUUGCGUGGAGAGCAAGGAACAGUUGAAGGCAUUCCUGACUUCAUCGAUCGGUGCCGGCGUGGGUGUCGAGGUCAACUAUAGCGAACGGGAACGUCCUCAAGUGCUUCAAGCGGUUUAUUCGGCGGGAAGGAUUGGCGUGGACGCUCUGAUCGACUUCCUGAACAACUGGGAUAUGGCAGAUGAUUUGAUUUACUGGCUGGAACAACCGGUGUUCAACAGUGCCAUUGCGAAUAUUGCAUCGCGGACGAAUUCGGUGGAGGAGUUCGACAGGUUGAAGAAGCUGCUGGAGACGGUUGGAACGUUGGCACCGGGAAAUGUCGUCAAUGCUGCGUUGGCUACUGUGAAGGCCAAUCUCGAUUGGUACGACAGCUUGGAGGGGCUGGUGGUUGCGGAAUUUUUCGAGCAUUAUGCUUGAUUUGCCUCUCACUAGUUAAAUAUUAUCAAUGAACAGAGAAGAUACUUCGGUACCAUACUGUUGGACUGCCGUUGAAGAACUGAUAAA